AUGCCCUCGAUGGCGUACAAGAGCUGCUUGAAGAACUCGCCCAGCAGCACACCGCCCCGGUCGCGCCCGCCCUCACCCCACGCGCCGGGCCUGACGCGGAAAUGCGUGUCUUUCUGCGCGGACGACGGUCCCUCGACGGUAUGGGCUGCCGACGAGUGGGACCGCACGCCGGCGGACGUGACGGCCAAGUUGACGUACAAGGACAUGCUCGAGCUCAAGGCGAUCCAGAACUCGCUCCCGCGCGCAGAGCAGCCCGCACGGGAUCCGUACUGCCCAGACGGCCGCCAGCGCGUACAGGUCCUGCGCACCGUGCCCCUCGGCCUCCUCCCCCUGCUCCCGGCAGAACCCGUGGCGUCGACAGACUCGCCCGCGUCCGCCAGCCCCAUGUCGAGCCCGCCCACCUCGGCCCGCGCGUCCCGGUCGCCAUCACCCCUGCGGCCCGCCUCUCCCCCGCGCACAUCCUACGCAUCAUACCCUCCCAGACCAAGCGCGCACAGCCCGAAUUCAUGGCGAACCUGGUCCCCGCCCGCAAAGCCAAAUCACCCCCUCGCGAAACAGACUCCAUCCUACCCGCCCCGUCCGAAUAUGACGAGCUCCUACCUCGGCCCGCCCUCCCGAACCCAACCUGUCAACCGCGCACCGGCUCCUCGGCCCAAAUUCUCCUUCCUGCCGCUGCUUCCCGACUCCAACAGCCCGAGCCCCAGCCCGCCGAGCAGAAUGUCCCCCGAACCGGGCGAGAUCGCGUUUUACCCCUCAGAGUCCGAGGACGAGCCGGGCGAGAUCACGUUCCGCUCGUCGUCGCCCGACCGCGAGCCGCUCUCCAUACCGCCCCGCACGGACGAGGCCGUCGACGUGCCGGACUUCGCGGCGCUCAACCUGGGCAACAACCUCAAGCUCAUGAAGCUGGGUAAUAGCCCCGGCAGCACCGCCACGGCGUCGGGCAGCGGGGUGCAGACGCCCACCGCGCCGCCCGCUGCGCCGUACGACUCGCUCCCGACGCCGCCGCCUGCGGUGGGCAACGACUUUGGGGGGUACUUUGCGUUGCAGCCGCGUGGCGUCGACGGAUCAAUACCGCCGCGCGACGCGCCGACGCCGACGGCCAGCCAUGGACCGACGCCUCCGUCGAGUGCUGCACCUUCUACGCCUGGUACCCCUGAACGCACGCCAAAGACGCUCGAGCAGGAUAAGGAUAAUGAGCUGCAUAUACCGCUGCCGUUGCCUGGUUACAUGCGGUUACGCGCGUUGCCCUCGCCUGCGCUUGCUCCUCCCAGCCCGUUCGCGCUGGACGGGUACGGCGAGGUCCGCACUGCGAGCUCGAGUAGCGCUGCGAGCGACACGAACUCGGAGUUUGAGGACCAUAUGAGCUCGGGGUGGCAGACGGAGGCCGAGGGCGAGAGCGAGCCCGAGAGCGCGGGCGUCAUCACGGACGGCGAAGAGCCGGUGUUGUCGAGAAGAGGAGCCAAGAGAGAAGUCGAGGUUGAGGACGACGAGGAUGAAUGGGAGACGGAGAUGCAGCUCGUCGAGCUCGAUAGCGGGGAGAUGACUGUUCGGUCUGUUAGAGUACGCAGACGGUAG